AUGUUAAUUGUACGACGAGCUUUCAGCCGGACCAGACCUCAAUUGGCCAAGCCAUCGCCGCUGGUUGCUGGUGUCGCUAAUGAUAAGACAUUAAAAAAACGGUUAGGGCGACCUUCUAACAAUUUAUCCACUGGACUUGUUGGGCUAGCCAAUGUAGGCAAGUCGACAUUCUUCCAAGCCUUGACCAAGAGUACGCUAGGCAAUCCUGCAAACUACCCCUUUGCAACUAUAGAGCCAGAAAAGGCGCUUAUCAAGGCGCCGUUACUGCGCCAGCUUCUGCAUUAUAUGAAGAUAUUUCGUCUGAAUAGAAGUAUACCAACGAAUCAUACUAUAUGGGAUAUUGCUGGGUUAACGAGAAAUGCACAUAGUGGAUCUGGGUUGGGCAACAAGUUUUUGAGUGAUAUCAGACAAGUAGAUGGGAUAUUACAAGUUGUGAGAGGAUUUGUUGAUGACGAUAUUACACAUGUGGAAGAAAGUGGGGUAGAUCCUGUAAGAGAUAUGAUUUUGGUUAAUGAUGAGUUGAUUUUGAAGGACUUGGAAAUAAUUGAAAGUCAUUUAGAGAAGAUGAGGAAAAUGAAAAAAAAGCCCAACGGAGGAGGCGGAGGCGGAGGCGCAAGUGCCACUGGGAGAGGAGAGGAAGAAAUGAGUGUAUUGGAGAAAUUGAGCGAUGUGUUGUAUGAUGGGAAGAAGAUUAUCAGCUAUUCAAAUGGCAAUGGAGAAUGGAGCGAUGAUGAGAUUGACAUUAUUAAUGGGUUGAACUUGUUAACGGCCAAGCCUACUGUUUACUUACUUAAUGUUUCAGAAGAUGAUUAUUGUUCAGGUACAAACCAGUAUUACCAGCAAGUUUCCAAUUGGAUCUUGGAGAAUUGCCCAGGAGACAAGUUGAUUAUGUUUAGUGCCCAGCAUGAAAGAAGAUUAAACGAGUUACAAGAUGAAGAAUUGGAAAAGUACAAAACAAUUUAUCCAAGAGGCUCGGUUAUUCUGCAAGUAGUUGAAGAGAUUAAAACGGUAUUGAAUUUGAUUUCGUUUUAUACAUGUGGUCCUUUGGAGGCAAGACAAUGGAGUUUAAGAAGGGGCAGUUUAGCGCCUGAAGCAGCAGGGUUGAUUCACAGUGAUUUACAAAAAACAUUCAUCAAUGCGAUAGUUUACAAAUGGGACGAUUUGGUUGAUGUGGAUGAGUUUGAUGAAGGUAAGUUAAAGACUAGUGGGAAACAGCAUAAACAGGGGAAAAAGUAUCUCGUUGAAGAUGGUGAUGUAUUGGUGAUUAAAGCAGCAAGUGGGAAAGCGAGAGCAGAGCUAGAUAGUGACGAUAGUAUCGAUAGUGCCGAUAGUGCCGAUAAUGCCGAUAGUGUUGAUAGUGUCGAUAGUGUCGCUAGUCUCGAUAGUGUCGAUAGUCUCACUAGUCAGUGCUGCUCCACUAUCUCGCUUCGCUCGAUAGGGAACCUCACAGUGACUACUCCACCAUCUCGCUUCGCUCGAUGGUGUGGCUAG